AUGCCAGCCCAAAGCCGUCGCCCGUCAGGCCCCAGCCUCCCCUCCGUCGACGAGGCUACCGUACCAUUCUCGGCCCUCUUCACAAACUUCACAGACAGCUUUGACCUUGCUACCGUCGAGGCCACUGCCCAGCUCGCCGACCGGAGUGUCUUUGUCGCCUCCAACGGCCGCCGCUAUGUCAUUCAGAGCAUCCCGGACACGGAUGGUCCCGGCCAAGCCAGUGGCCCUCCUGCCCGUCCCGCACCCGCGCCCGCACCCGCCCCAGUUCCAUCUACUGCCCCAGCUCCACCGCCGGCACCGACGCCAGCCGUUGCUCUUGCUCCCGCUCCCAGGCGGUCCACCUCCGCAUCUCGGCCUCCGCCGCCGCCACGGGCCACGGCCGUAAACUCUCCUCCGGCCGCUAGCCCUCCGCGCGACCCUCGCGAUCUCCAUAGCGCCUCGAUAAAGAGACGACCUAUAACCAACGCUAACACAUAUCCUCCGUCUCCCGGUGGCCGGACGGCAUAUAUAAACGGCGCUACGUCCGCCUUCUCGCGCCCAGGCUCUGAGCCCCCGAAUCCUACCCAGGAGAUGACCUCGAUGAUGACGCAGCUAAGCGUCAACCGCUUCAGUGCAACACCCCUGUUUGGCGAGUCAGACGGUGGUGUCCAGGCGGCCGAAGCUCUGGUCGAACCCUACACAACCGCCGGCCUAGCCAGUCCCGUAUCGCCUAGGCCGCCUCUCGUCCAGCAGCAGCACGAAGCCUCCCCUUCCAGACCAUACUACGAGGCUGAGAUGAAUGCACCGCAUGUCCCUGGCUGGUCCAGCCAGUUCACCAAUUUUGACUACGUCAACUACACAGCCCAGGCGAACUUCCAAGUCCAGCAAUCUCGCCAAUUAGCCGUGACGCCCUCGGGCCUCCCGUCCCUGAUGGAAUAUUCGAGUCCAGCGCACCCCGUGGAGAGGUCGCUAUCUUCCUCAACGUCUCCACCGGCAUACCCGCCACAUGCGUACUCGCAGCAGUACACGCCGUAUGCGCCUUACUCGCCUUACGCGCCGUAUUCGCCAGUCUCUCCUGACAACCCAUAUAUGGAUGCUCAAGUAAAUCAUCAGGGCGGUCGUGGCUACAACUUUCCGGCGCCCUCCCCGACUGGGGGCGUGCCGUCUCCUCCUACCGCGGCCGGCUUCCAAACCAGUCCCUAUGUCAACUCGGUCGGGAACGGCAUCGACACACAGACGCCGGUUUUUGUUCCCUCGCCUCACCUCCAUCCGGCCUCUGUCUCCAGCGACACUGGGAGCACUGGCAGAGACAACGUAUUGCCUGGAGAGGAUGUCCUUUAUGAUGGUCCGGUCAAGAGCGCUCUGACGCUCACUUCCCCUGUCUUCCGAGAGGGACAGCUCAAGGUGUUUCGCAACACUCUGUCCAACGACCUCCGGUUUCACUGUAAAGUCGGGCACGAGUCCGAGACAUUUUGGAUGAAAGCAGCAAACGCGCAACUCGUCCCCGUGUACGCCUACGACCCACGCUUCUCGAAUGUCGUUUACAUCCGAGACAACGAGAAUAAGAAGGACAACAACGGGUAUAUGCAGCUCCCACAGGGGGGCGUGAACGGACGGCCCAGUGGCAUAUAUCAAUUCAACCGUCUGAAAGAGCUGUGCGACUUCCAAGCGCAUCUCACUGCGGAAAAGGUUGUGCUUGAUAUUGCCAGCGUCAAGAUAGUGACGCUCUGCCGCGCCAAUACCAGGUCCAGGGACACUUACUCCAGCGUGCGCCUGCAGAUAUGGCACGAAGCCGAGGGUCGCAAGUCUGCCCAGUCAGAUGUAGCGUCGUUCGUCACUGCCGGCACUGCCCUCUCGGGGCCCUUGCGUGAGCGGCUCGUCGCCAGCUCGUCGAGACUGGUCAUCUAUCUCGGCCGGCUGAACCAGUACAUUACUCUUUUUAUCACCGACGACAUCGAAGUCAAACCCAUUGGCCAGACUAGCGUCAAGUUGAAGCCAAGAAAGGCCGGGGCGCUUUCAAAGAAGGGGUCUAGAUGGCCGGGUAUUAAGGCUCACAUGGAGCCCCUGCAAGGCUCCGAACCCGCGGGUCUGGAUAUUCACGGCCAAGCGACGAACACGGAUAUUGAGUCAAGCUAUGAUUUGUACAAAACGUUUGAGAUUGAUUUUGAGAACUCUCCGAGCCAAGACAAUUUCAUCCGGAAAUGGGACGAGGUCAUGAAGGAGCGCCGCGCUCAGAGGAUAAAGCUGCACCAGAUACAGGAGGACAUGGAGCAGGCCGUGUUCUCGGGCCGCGUGGCGGGCAAGAUCUGGUGAACAAACUAUUUAUUUUGCUUCUCUUGUCUUCUGUUUGUGUGGAUUUGUGGGCGCGUAGGCGGGUGUGUUCGGGAGGGAGGAACAAGGCGUUUUCUAAUGAUGCUUGCUACAAGGCGCUUUAGGCGGGCAAAGAAGGGGAAAAGGGAGUAUUACACUGACUGGGCAAACGUUGGAAACAAGGGGGGAAUAUUAUCGGGGCAUGAUGACACUUUAGGAUACCUAUUUCUUUUAUUCCUUUCUCUUGCUUGGUUACUCUUUAUGUGUGUAUAGGGUAGGAU